AUGGCGCGGGUUUAUGCUGAUGUAAAUCAGAACGUACCUAAAAGUUACUGGGACUAUGACAACAUCACUCUCAGCUGGGGUUCCGUGGAAAAUUACGAGAUCUUGAGAAAGAUUGGCCGGGGCAGACAUUCCGACGUUUUCGAAGGAAUCAACAUCGUCAACAAUCAGAUAUAUGCUAUCAAAGUCCUCAAACCCGUCAAGAAGAAGAUAUUAAAUAGAGAGGUCAAGGUUUUGCAAAACCUUGCCAGGGGCCCGAAUAUCAUUUCUUUAUUCGACUUGGUUAUAGACAGUCAGAGCAAAACACCAUCACUGAUCUUUGAAUACGUUGACAACAAUGAUUUCAGAAGUCUCUAUCCCAAAUUCAGCGACGUCGAUAUCAGAUUCUAUAUUCUUGAGUUGCUUAAGGCUCUGGAUUUUUGCCACAGUAACGGCAUUAUACACAGAGAUAUAAGACCUCACAAUGUAAUGAUUGACCAUGAAAACAAAAAGCUUCGACUUAUCGACUGGGGUCUGGCCGAGUUCUACCAUCCAGGAACAAAAUAUGAUGUCCGCGUUGCCUCCCCAUGCUGGAAGGCACCCGAGCUUUUGGUUGACUACCAAGAAUACGAUUAUAGUUUGGACAUGUGGAGCCUGGGCGCCAUGUUUGCGUCCAUGAUUUUCCGUAAAGAACCUUUCUUCCACGGAAGUUGUAACUCAGACCUACUCGUCAGAAUUUCUAAGAUACUUGGCACGGACGCUUUGUUCGAGUACCUGGAUAAAUAUAAGAUCGAAUUGCAUUCUCAAGUUAACGAUAUCCUUGGCCAAUUUGAGAAGAAGCCCUGGAUAAACUUUGUGAAUAUCGAGAACAAGAGACUUGUCAGCAAUGAGGCGCUUGAUUUCCUGGACAAACUUUUAAGAUACGACCACCAAGAACGCCUCACUGCCAAUGAAGCUAUGUGCCAUCCUUAUUUCAACGUCAUCAAUGACAAGGCGACUUUGCAGCAGCUGUUGGUUGGCCCGUCCAAUAACGCUAAUUCCUAACACUUGGGCUCUGGCAAUAUGGGAGAGGCCAAAGUAGCAAGGGUAUCUCUCGAUUUCUUCCGAUGCAGAGUGCCUAUGGAGCGCAAAGGGAGGGGAUAUUUUUGUAUAUAUCUACAUGAAAAUAAUAUAGGAAGCAUUGCCGUCCGUG